AUGGUGCAGGAGGUCCCGCAGUGCUUGGUCCAGCUCCUCGCGGAUUACACGUCUCAGGCCGUGGACGCCUCACGGGAUGUCUCGGAUGAGUUUGAGGAGGAGGUGAGCGACUUGGCGAAUCGGGCGAAGCGCAUUCGUUCCAUCCUGCAGCUCAUUCGAGACUGUGCCAAUGAGCGCCGUUCACACCUGCCUCCAGAAGGAGUAGCAGCAACAAUGACAACAACAACAACAGGAAUGAAAACUACAUGGACGCCCGCAAUGAUUGCCCUCCAGGGGUUGGGGCAGAUGGCAGCGGAGCUCACUGGAGUGCCUGCAGUUGGCCCAAUGGUGACCAACGCGGGGUCGCCACACUACGGGCUAUUACCGUGUGGCAAACCCACCUCACUCGCAGAGGCAUCACUUGCGUUGUUUAGCCACAAUACUAAGGUUGUUUUUAGGCGCUCAGAGAAACACGGGCGCGAUAGUGAUGCUGUUGGGAGUGGUACUAGUCGCACCGAGUUCCACAGAGGUGCUUUCUCACGGCUUGCAGCCGACCAGCGGAAAAGGAGACUUGCGUUGUACACCGCUCGCUCGGCUCUGUUUCCCAGAGAAGUUUUCUCACCUCCGUCGGUGAUGAGGGGUGGCGAGGGGUCUCUUACUCCUUUUGUGCCACCAGCUGUGCGAGAAUUCGCUGAACUCAACAUGGAGGCUGAGUGUGAGAUGCUGGCAGCUUUCUGUAGAGUGGACACAAAGGCGCAAUUGUUGAGAGAGUUGCCUACCCUACGUGCAACAGUGGAGGAUCUUUGGAACUCCUUGCGUGCCGAAGGUGUGGCGCUCGAGACCCAAGGUGACCGACAGGAGCCACAACAAGAGCGAAUGCUGAUGCCUCCAUGGUUUGAGUUCCCUUACACAGAAGAGGGUGUCGUGCAAGUAGUUGUACGGCGGUCACUUGUUGUGGACAUCACCUGGGAUGCUGCGCGGGGAAGCCACUGGCGCGUGUUGUCGUUGCGUUGGAUUCUGUGUGCUCAAACACUGCCGGAGCUUCUGCUACGUGGCAGCCUGGCGACAGGUGCAGGGAGCGGGAACAGUAGCCGUGGUGAGGCCGCUUUUGGUGGGGCUGGAAAUGCCCUUCGUGUUUUGCCGGCACACCAGGAGGCCAGUCUGCGCUAUCUGUCCAGCUGCUUUGAAUUAGGCCUCGAGAAGGGGUGCAUGGGGGCCCUUCGUCUUGUUAAUGCAGUGGCUAUGGAAGUGGUCGAGACGCAAUGCAAGAUUCUGCGGGAAACAUUUUUCAUUGGCCCCCUUGAGGCGUCAUUUGUGGUGGACGUGCGGCCGGGGACACAUGUCGCCCUCACGCUGCUGUCCCCGUCCGUUGCCGGGGCGGCACCCAGCGGCCCUCUCCACAUGAAGUACAAACUGUCGAUGGGCACGAUUGUGAUGGAGAAACGGAGAGGCACAGACACUCAAACAAUGCUGCAGUCGGAUCUCUACGUUGAUGCACUGAGUGGCCGUGACGGGCUACUCUCCGCUGCUGUUGUGGAUGUGGAACGUCAUCUGUGGCAGUUUGUCUCGGCCUAG